UGACCAAACAAAAAAGCUUGUGAUUGGCGCCUCCUCCCCUCCACAUUCUUGGUCAAAUUCCAUCUCCCAACACCACACAUUCUCUCCAAUUCCAAUUCCGAUUCACCAGAGUAACCGUUACCCAUCAAUCCCCAAAAAAACCCGACCCGAAUCCAUCCCAAUUCACACAACAAAGUCCCCUUCAAAUUAGGUCAGAUUUCAGUACCAAAUUGACCCAUCAAAACCCUUUUUAAUCUUUCAAAUUCGUAUGUUUCAUCUUCUGGUACGGGUGAUUAGUCAAUUUGGUGAAUAAUUUUAUCUAAUUUUGACAAAAUUGUCAUGAAUUUCACAACCCCCUUUUGUUGCUGCUCGUAUGUCUCUGUUUCCUCUGUUUUCUUGCUUCAGGUUGAAUUCAUUAAUCAUGAUUAAAUGGGUCAAUCUUUUUUUAUAAAUUUCGAAUACCCAUUUGGAUUUUGAUACUAUGGAUUCGGUUCUUGAGGUUUUUUACCCGAAAUUGGUUCUUUUUGUGUUGGGGUUUUGGUCUUUUGUAUCCACAUGUUUGCUUCAUCUGCUUAGGUAUUUCACAAGGUUUACAAGAAAGAGUGGUUCUUUGAAGGGGAUAUCGAGUGAUUCGCCGGUUCUGUUAACAAAAGAUAUGGGAGAACAAGAAGAUGUUGUGGAGGUUUCAAGUGAAGAAAGUGAUGAAAAAGAAGAUAUAGUAAAUGAGGCACAUGAGUUUUCAUUUACCUUCAAGUUUCCAACUUUUGAAGAGUUCAGUAAAAACCCGAAAAGUUUGUCUGAAUUGCUUGAUAACACUGGACGUGUCGAUUCGGCUGAGGUUUUGGUGGAAGAUAGUGAAGUGGAUACGAAUUCGGAUGGUGGGGUUGUGUCGAAUGAGUCUCGGGUUCUUGAAUUUGAAGGGUCUGUUCAUGAGUCACAUGAUGAUGAUCAAAGGGAAGGUGGUUUUGAACAAUUGAUGGUUGAUAGUUCAAAUUUGAAGACGAUUGAGGAAGUUGAGGAAAAAGAAGAAAUUUAUAGUUUUAGUGAAGAAAAAUUGCAAAAAAUUAAUGUUGAAUGUGUUAAUAAAUUCUUUCAUUCGACUACGGAUUCGAUUGGUUCACGAACGAGUGAUGUUCACUCGGAAGAUGGGUUGUUGUCGGACAAGACCGAGAUUGCUGAAACGGAGGAAAAAGAAGAUGAAGAGUUCGAUACUUUUGAUGAAGAGAAAUUGCAAAAAGUUCAUGAUGAAAGUAUUCAUUCAUCUCCUGAUUCGACAACGGAUUCAUUCAGUUCAAACAAUCGUCAUUCGCCAAUGUUUGAUUCACAUCCAGACGAUGGGUUCUUGUCAGAUGGAGAUUUCGAACCAGAAUUCGAUGAAAACGAUGAAAAAGAACAAAACAAUUGGACACAAUCCAACUUCUUAUCCGAGAACGACUUUGUUGCAAAAUCAUCGAACGAGAAGAAUGUGUCAAGUGAUACAACAAACAAGUUGGAAUCUUUGUGGGAACAUCAAGAGUUGAUUGAGCAGUUGAAGAUGGAGAUCAAGAAAGUAAAAGCGAUUGGACUACCGACCAUAUUCGAAGAAUCGGAAUCGCCUCCAAAGAUCAUGGAGGACUUGAAGCCAUGGAAGAUUGAGGAGGUGUACCAAAAUGGUGGAGGGAAGAUGGGUGAAGUUCACAAGUUUUACAAGAGUUAUAGAGAAAGAAUGCGCAAAUUCGACAUUUUCAAUUACCAGAAAAUGUAUACCAUAGGUUUCUUACAGUUAAAAGAUCCUCCACAGUCAUCUUCAAGUUCAAAAUCCCCAAUUACCGAAUUUACGACACUUUUUGGCCAAAGUUUCAUGACUAACAAAGGCAAAAAGCAAGAAAAUGACCCAACAACCAAGUUCAUCAAAGAACUACAAAGUGAUUUGGAAGUUGUGUAUGUUGGUCAAAUGUGUUUGUCAUGGGAAAUCCUUCACUGGCAAUACGAAAAGGCGUUAGAUAUAUGGGAAUCAGACACGCGUGGGGUCCGGAGAUUUAACGAUAUUGCCGGUGAAUUUCAACAGUUUCAAGUGUUGAUGCAAAGAUUCAUAGAGGAUGAACCUUUUCAAGGUCCAAGAAUCCAGAAUUAUGUGAAGAAUCGAUGCGUGUUUCGUAAUCUACUUCAAGUUCCUGUGAUUAGAGAUGAUCAUAUGAAGAACAAGAAGGCAAGAAGUGAAGUUGUAUAUGAUAUCACGAGUGACGCGCUAGUUGAGAUUCUUGAAGAAUCGAUACGUAUAUUUUGGAGAUUCGUUCGUGCUGAUAAGCAUAAACGGCAAACGCCCGUAGAGUUUCAGAGACCCGAGGACUCGCAGCUGUUCUUGGAUCUCCAAAAAGAUUUACACAAGAAGGAAAAGAAGCUUAAAGAACAACUGAGAAGUGGGAAUUGCAUACUAAAGAAGUUAAGGAGUUGCAAGGAAGAUGAGACAGAAGAUCAAGUGCUUUACUUCUUUUGUCAAGUGGAUAUGAAGUUAGUGUCAAGGGUGCUGCAAAUGGCUAGAUUAACAAGUGAUCAGUUAAUCUGGUGUCAUAAUAAACUAAGUAAAGUUAGUUUUGUUAACACCAAGAUUCAUGUAGAGCCUUCAUUUUUGCUCUUUCCUUGCUAAUUUUUAGGUAUAAUGUUGUUCUUUUGACAUGUUUAGGGAAUGUUUUCGGCAUCAUUAAUGUGGUUAUAAUUAGUUUC